UGCUUGUUGAGAGACAAGUAGUUAUUUCUGUUAUGAAGAGAUGCUCAGAACCCUUGGAACAGCCCUAGACCCACUUUUAGAACGUCCAUGUUGUGUGACUAUUAAUCUGACUUGAAAACAGCCAAGAACAGGAUUCCCAGACCAGACUUGUCAGGCUAACUGGCUGUCCUUGGCAGAUCAUUCCCUGCACUGCUGUAACUUGACAGGAAAGUUAUUUAAAAUUUGGAAGAGAGAAAAAUCCGUUAAUGUGAGAUACAUAAUCUGGUAAUUUAGCAAUGAUGUCUAUAAGGAGAGAUGCCAAAUGAGGAAGCAGUCUGAUGAUGUGCACUCAUCUUCCCAAUUAAUAACAGCCAUUGACACGUCUGCUACAGGAUGAGAGAAGGAAAUACUCUCUUUGCACUGCAUUAAGCCAAGGGAAUUCAUCUACUGUUUAACUGAGGCUUCUCCAUUUGAGGGAAUACCAAAGAUACUCCAUUAUCUGGGUGUUGUUUUGUUUUGUUUUUUUAAGGGAGGGGGUAUAUUCUUAUUUGAGAUACGACUCUCGAUUUUAAGGUAGUAAUUUGUAGCAGAUGGUGAUUUUUUUUGGUUACACUUGGAGUUUCAUUAAGUUUCUAUCUAGGGUAUAUUUUUGAAGCUAAUAAAUUCUAGCAUUCAUCUUUUGUUAGCCUGACUUUUGAUAUCUAGCCCUUCUCCUCCCAACUCAAAAUACAUUUUGAAAUGGAAUCGGUGGCUAUGGAAAUGUGCAACCUAAAUUUAAAAAGGGAAUUGAAGGAAGUCUCUGAACUCCAGUUUGUUGCGGGGGCCUUUAUCAGACAUCAACUCUGACUGGUCCAAUAAGCAGAGCAAAAUAAGUCAGAAAUUUUGUUAACAUUUUGCUCCAAAUGUUAAUGGCAAAUUCAAGGCUGUUUACAAAUCUACUUAAGAGCGAGUGCAUUAGUAACUAAAAUUACCGAUCGGUUCUUUGCUGCCCCUGGAAGACAGCCGCUUCUAGAGAACAUAUGCCAAAGGCACCCAUUAUGGUUUUAAAUAUUGUCAGAGAUGCCAGGCAUUUUACUGAUGAAGGUUUUGUUCCUUCUCAGAAAAGAGAAAACCUGUGUGAUUAGAGAGAGGUGUGCAUCAAAAACAAUGUUGCUCUUGUUUCUUCACAUAGCACUUCUUUCUGGAAACGGUCUUAGGUGAUACAUGAAGAUGUGUGUUUAUAUUUGUGCCAACAUGUGUGGUUUAUUUACACGUACAAUUCGUACCAACUAGCAUGUGCAGAUGGUCUAGAUGUGCCUGAUUUAGGAAUUUUUCAGCACCAGGGCAUUGUUAGGGGAGAUGAAGAGAGGCUGUGUUCCUGGGGGGUCAUAUAGGGAGAACCCCGCCUCUGUCUGAACAUCAGGCCUGCCACGAGUAGUGUGUGCAGGUGGAAGCCCUUUAAAAUAUAGACCCCACCUAAUCUACUGGGUGACUUGGCCCUCCAAAGCUCAUUUGCUCAGGGAAUAUUGUAUUUGGAGGUUUUAUGAUUUUUUUUCCUUUGCUGGGCUCAGGCGCAUUUCACCCGGAACGUGUAGGGACCAAAGUCAGCUAUGCGUACAUCACAGUCGUAGAAGGGGAUGAUUCCCCAGUAAUAUUCCCUGCCCUGAUCCAAGGUGCCACUCGGCCUCCCUCCCAGGGAAGACUGCUUCUUGUGUGACACCAGCCAUAGAAAGAGACUCCGAUGGACUUACACCGGGCAGCCUUCAAGAUGGAGAACUCAUCCUACCUCCCCAACCCACUGGCCUCCCCAGCACUGAUGGUCCUGGCGUCCACAGCUGAGGCCAGCCGCGAUGCUUCCAUCCCUUGUCAGCAGCCACGACCCUUUGGUGUACCUGUCUCAGUAGACAAGGACGUGCAUAUUCCAUUCACCAACGGUUCCUACACCUUUGCCUCUAUGUACCAUCGGCAAGGUGGGGUGCCAGGCACUUUUGCCAAUCGUGAUUUCCCCCCUUCUUUACUACACCUCCACCCUCAGUUCGCUCCCCCAAAUCUAGAUUGCACCCCGAUCAGUAUGCUGAAUCAUAGCGGAGUGGGGGCUUUCCGUCCCUUCGCCUCCACUGAGGACCGGGAGAGUUAUCAGUCAGCCUUCACGCCGGCCAAGCGACUCAAGAACUGCCACGACACAGAGUCUCCCCACUUGCGCUUCUCAGAUGCAGAUGGCAAGGAAUAUGACUUUGGGACACAGCUGCCAUCUAGCUCUCCCGGUUCACUUAAGGUUGACGAUACUGGGAAGAAGAUUUUUGCUGUCUCUGGCCUCAUUUCGGAUCGGGAAGCCUCUUCUAGCCCAGAGGAUCGGAAUGACAGAUGUAAGAAAAAGGCAGCAGCAUUGUUUGACAGCCAGGCCCCUAUUUGCCCCAUCUGCCAGGUCCUGCUAAGGCCCAGUGAGUUGCAGGAGCAUAUGGAGCAAGAACUGGAACAGCUGGCCCAGCUGCCUGCCAGCAAGAAUUCCCUUCUGAAGGAUGCCAUGGCUCCAGGCACCCCCAAGUCCCUGUUGUUGUCUGCUUCCAUCAAGAGAGAAGGAGAGUCUCCAACAGCGUCACCACACUCCUCUGCCACCGACGACCUGCACCACUCAGACAGAUACCAGACCUUCCUGCGAGUGCGAGCCAACCGGCAGACCCGACUGAAUGCUCGGAUUGGGAAAAUGAAACGGAGGAAGCAAGAUGAAGGGCAGGUAUGUCCCCUGUGCAACCGCCCCCUGGCAGGAUCGGAGCAGGAGAUGAGUAGGCAUGUGGAGCAUUGCCUUUCUAAGAGGGAAGGCUCCUGCGUGGCUGAGGAUGAUGCCGUGGACAUCGAGCACGAGAACAGCAACCGCUUUGAGGAAUAUGAGUGGUGCGGGCAGAAGCGGAUACGGGCCACCACUCUCCUGGAAGGUGGUUUCCGAGGCUCUGGCUUCGUCAUGUGCAGCGGCAAGGAGAAUCCGGACAGCGAUGCUGACCUGGAUGUGGAUGGGGAUGACACUCUGGAGUACGGGAAGCCGCAAUACACGGAGGCUGAUGUCAUCCCCUGCACAGGCGAGGAGCCUGGUGAAGCCAAGGAAAGAGAGGCACUUCGGGGCGCAGUCCUAAAUGGCGGCCCUCCCAGCACACGCAUCACGCCUGAGUUCUCUAAAUGGGCCAGUGACGAGAUGCCAUCUACCAGCAAUGGUGAGAGCAGCAAGCAGGAGGCCAUGCAGAAGACCUGCAAGAAUAGUGACAUCGAGAAAAUCACCGAAGAUUCAGCUGUGACCACGUUUGAGGCCCUGAAGGCUCGGGUCAGGGAGCUUGAACGGCAGCUAUCCCGUGGGGACCGUUACAAAUGCCUCAUCUGUAUGGACUCCUACUCGAUGCCCCUCACGUCCAUCCAGUGUUGGCAUGUGCACUGCGAGGAGUGCUGGCUGCGGACCCUGGGCGCCAAGAAGCUCUGCCCUCAGUGCAACACCAUCACAGCGCCCGGAGACCUGCGGAGAAUCUACUUGUGAGCUAGCCACCCCUGGCAGGCCUUGCCUCAAGCAGCCCCGCCUGCCCGCCUCUGUGACCUGACCCUCCCCCUUGUACAUACUUGCACACAGGUUCCCCAUGUACAUACAUGCGCGCACACAUGCCCACACAUGUGCGUGCACGCACGCACACACAACACACACACACACACAGGACUCUGGAGCCAGAGCAGAGGCUGAGGCCCAGGCCCUGCCUGCUAGCUGCCACUAAGCCUGGGGACCAUACCUGUUCCAGGUCCUGUUCCCAGGGUAGGGCAGGGAGGUGGAGGUGAGGGGGAGUAGUGGGGCGAGGCUCCUGAGAUCCAGCCCCCAGACUGACAGACGGACAGACAGACAUGCAAACACCAGACUGAAGCACAUGUAAUAUAGACUGUGUAUGUUUACAAUGUUGUGUAUAAAUGGGACAACUCCUUGCCCUCCAUCCCCUCCCCUUUGGUUGUAUGAUUUUCUUCUUUUUUUAAGAACACCUGGAAGCAGUGUCCCCUUCAGGGCUGGCUGGGGGCUCGGCCCAUCCACCUCUCAGGGUGCCUGCCUCUCCCCCAUGGUAUCCCUCUCCCUCUCCCAUGUGCUCGGUGUUCAGUGGUGUAUAUUUCUUCCCCCAGACAUGGGGCACAUGCCCCAAGGGACACGAUCCUCUCCUUAGUCUUAGCUCCUGGGGCUCUUUAUAAGGAGUUGGGGGAGUGGGGAGACACAGGAAACGGGAACCGAGCUGAAGCAGGGGCUGAGAUGGGGCCUGGAAGAGUGUGCUCCUGGCUGCCCAGCCUUCUGCCAAGAACCAUUUCUGGGAUUAGGACUGCUGUUCCCAGGGAAAGUGGUCUCCCCCGCCCCUCCCAUGGGCCCCACGGUGUGAUGCUGUGUCUGUAUAUUCUAUACAAAGGUACUUGUCCUUUCCCUUUGUAAACUACAUUUGACAUGGAUUAAACCGAUAUAAACAG